CAAAGCUCAAGGGAUCGAUCAAUGAUAGCGAUCCGUUGCCAAAGGCGGUCAGCCCAACUCCCAAAUUCUUUCGCCAACACCCAAAAGUCCCUCUCUCCACGACCGCCUGGCGCGACCUGCGUUUCUUUUCCCCGUCUUCUCGUCCACUCGCUCCUGUCAUGGUCGAUUGCCUCUGAUCGAUCUCUCAAUUCAUCACAAUGGCAGGAUUGCAGUCUCGCUCGGCCAUGUCGCUGCCGUUCUCCCUCUCUUCGGCGUUUCGCAACCUCUCGUUGACGGCCUCGAAACGGUCCUUUUCCACGACUCCCGCGGCGCAGAAGAUCAAACCGCUCCCGGACUACAUCCCUCCCUAUCCCUAUGGCCCGAACUACAUGUACCGACAGUCGAAUACCGGUCUCUACGGCGGCGUGACGAUUCAAUUCGGAAACAAGAUCUCGCAGGGUCGGAAUGAGGGGAAAACUCGACGAAGCUGGAAGCCGAACGUCCGGCGGAAGAAGAUCUACAGCGAGGCCCUGGACGAGCACCUGUUUAUCAAGGUUACCCGGAAGGCAUUGCGGACGAUCCAAAAGUCUGGCGGACUCGACAAGUACCUGCUGGACGACCGGCCAGCGCGGAUAAAGGAGCUGGGCCUCUUCGGAUGGCGGCUGCGGUGGCAGGUGAUGCAGACACCGAAGAUCCAGGAGCAAUUCCGACAAGAGCGAAAGAAGCUGGGCCUCCCCGAACCGCCAACCUUUGAAGAGUGGGUGGCACAGAAGGAGGCGGAGAUCAAGGCCAGAGCGGAAGACGAGACCAACAUCAAGGAAGCCACGAAGCCGAUUUACAACAAGACGCUGUACUAGAUGCAAGAGAGGGCCAUGGGAACUUGAGAGAGACCAGCAGUUGAUUUGUUUUAAUUUGCGGUGACUUAUGGAUGGGCGUCUGUAUCAUUAUGUCUGUGAUGGUCGACAAUGUCUUGCGCAUACCACUUCUGACGUUGUCGGCAUCUGCUUGGGGAUGGCGGGGAGACUAUAAGCAAUAUUUGAUUGCAUGAUUAGCUUUUCAGUGUAUUUAUAUUCUUUUUUUGUCAAUGCUAGCUACACUUGGGAUACA